ACAAAACAACAUUAGUGUGGAAAUUCCCAAUAUAUAUAUAUUUUCUCUAUCACUCUUUUCCUCUGUGUGGCAAAUGUUGUGACAAUCUUCAAAUCAUGGCAAAGAGUUGGCUUAUUGAUGGUAGAACAAUUGCAAGGAAGGUGAAAACUUCUAGUCUUCCAAAGGCAUAUCAAAUCAAAGACGGUGGAGUGACCCGUGAAUGUCCAAACUGUCAUUACAAGAUUGAUAAUAGCGAUGUUUCAGUCGAGUGGCCUGGGCUUCCUGUUGGUGUGAAAUUUGAACCCACUGAUGUUGAGCUCAUGGGACAUCUGGCAGCCAAAUGUGGUGAGGGAAACACAACACCACACCCAUUUAUCAAUGAUUUCAUCCCUACAAUUGACGUGGAUGAAGGAAUAUGCUCCAAGCAUCCUGAGAAUCUUCCUGGGGCUAGAAAAGAUGGAAACAGUGUUCAUUACUUUUAUAGGACCACAAAUGCAUACACUACUGGUCAAAGGAAGCGUCGCAAGGUCUGCAAAGAAUCUACUUUGAACAUGGAUGUUCGCUGGCACAAGACUGGCAAAACGAAAGCUAUUAAGCAGAAUGGAGUUCAAAUAGGGUGCAAGAAGAUAUUGGUCCUUUAUGGAAGUGGUGGUGGUGGUUCAAAACCUUAUAAACUGAACUGGGUUAUGCAUCAGUAUCAUUUAGGAACAGUUGAAGAUGAGAAGGACGGGCAAUAUGUGGUUGCAAAGAUAUUCUAUCAGUCAGAGAAAGAGAUUGAGAAGCUGGAUAAUCUUGGUGAAAGUGAUGAAUUAGAUGCAUGGAUGCGCCUAACAAGCCCAAAGACUCCAAAUACUGAUGCUCGUGAUCCACCUCGUCCCGGAAAGUCCGUUUUAUGCGAUAAUGUUACUACUGAUUGUGUUCUCCAGACACCAGCACAGGAUUCAGUGUGGCAAGCUGAGCAGAAAUGUAUUGCUUCCUCUUCUAAUGCCCAAAGUAAUGAUAAUUUGGAGUUGCCCAUUUGGGAAGACGAUUCACAAACAGUUGAUUUAGAUGCAUUUGAUGAUGCGUUAUUCUGCAACGAGAAUCUUGAUACUUAUGCCCCUCUUGGUGACUCAAACCUAUAUCAUGGUCUUCAAUCUGGCUCUAAUGUCAACUCCAAUGGUGCUCCCGGAACCAGUAGAGGUGCAAGUGCUGAAGCUGCUGAACUUGAGAAUCUGGACCUGGGCACACCACCGGAUUUCAACCUUUCUGACUUACAUUUUUCAUCACAAGACAGCAUAUUUGGCUGGUUAGGGCGGUUGUAGAGAAUGGAAAUGAUCUGGGACAUUAAGGGACAUGUAUGUCGUUCUUUUGGUUAUUUAUUCAAAUGCUGAAAAGAAACUGAAGGUUUGCUGCUAUGGGGUUCUCUUUCUGCAAUUGCUUUGUUGAAAUAGAUGCUAUUAGACAAAGCAUUAUGAUCUAGUUUAAUGAGACUCUGAUUUUUCCCUUUCAUGUCUUGGCCUCUGAAUAUGCAUUGUAGAUCAAAUAUAUUUUGAAACUUGUAACUCGUAUGGUUUAAUGGUGUGGAUACACCAUUUGUUUUGGCGAUCUACAUUUUGAGAAUGUGAUUAUCUAAUUAUUUU